AUGGCGUUUCACUUCUGCGUACUUCUGAUGGCGCUCCCCGUUCUGGCUGGGCAAGGCGCAGUUGCACGGUUGAACAUAACGCCAGGAGACCCAUCACUCAUGAACUACUUUAAGUGGAGUCUCAUUCAACCUACAGUUUUACAGUUAACUUGGAUCCCCAAAGAACUGGCUGGUCAUGUUUCAAAAUUCAUUUUGGUGUCUGCAUUACCAAUUCCGAAUCAUGAGCCCGCUGAGUAUAGAACUGAAUUCAUUUCAAAUGGAGAUAGCAUCAUUGACGAAUUGCUGCCCAGCACAAAUUACGAAUUCUACAUACUUAUACCCAGAAAAAGAAGUGAUCCUGUAUAUCUCAAAACCGAAUUUACGACAGGGCCAGCAGGAGGUACCAUCUCCACCAGCGGAUCUGCCUUGAAAACCGCAAUCUCUGGAGUCCUGUUGCUUGCUAUGACCUUAAUGUUUCCAUGGAGCAGGGAAUGA